AUGUCAUUAGACAAGUACGGACUGCGAGCCUUAGUGCCUCUUAUAAGACGAGGUGAAAUGGGAGUCGAAUACGACCAUUCUACGACGAUAGGGAUAGAUCUUUCGUCGGUGCUUCAUUCGCUUGGGAUAGACAGCGAAAGUAAUAGAAGAAGCCGAGUAUUGGACACAUUUCAAUCGCCAUGGGUUGAGACGUCCCGAUGCGAGGUGGAACCGAGAUUUUUCGUGCCAGACUCGUUCUGUAACAUACCGAAUGUGCUACAAUCCGGACCACAACCUCCUACAUUCAAUUCGGUGCAACAAGAUCAUGCCAAAGUAGCGCUAUUUCAGGACGAAGCGUUGUUUUAUCUGUUUUAUAAACAUCCUGGCACCGUGAUCCAAGAAUUAACGUAUUUGGAGCUCAGAAAACGGAACUGGAGAUACCACAAAACGUUGAAAGUGUGGCUUACAAAAGAUCCACUAAUGGAACCUAUAGUGGCGCAGGACGGAGCCAGCGAGCGUGGAUCCUACGUAUUUUUCGACCCGCAAAGGUGGGAGAAGUGCCAGAGAGAUUUUGUUCUCUUCUACAGCGCCAUUAUGUGA